CAGUUCCAGUUUACAGGCAGAGUUUUCGUGAAGAAGAACAGUCUUGCCCUUUGGAUGCAGUUUAAAAAAAUCAUAUCCGAACCAAGUUAUGAUAUUCCUCUGAAAAAACCACGGCUUCAUUAGAGAAUUAACAAGUUAGCUAUCAGGAUUUGCUCUCUUUAGCAUAGCCGGCUAACACACAUUCAGAAAACAUGGCGGUGUCCUUGAGCGGCGCAGGCAGCGCGAGGCUCCUGGGGGCUUUAACCAGGGCUGGAUCAUUAUUCAGCUCCUCUGGAAGCAGAAGCCUCCAUGUUACUUCAGUGUGCUGCAAGAAUCGAGCUGCUCGUAUCCGAGUGGGGAAAGGAGACAAACCUUUGACCUAUGAGCAAGCACUUCACCCUCAACACAUUGGCCAUCGCAAGGGAUGGCUGUCGCAGCAUACCAGUAACCUCAAAGGAGAGGAGGGAGCAGCUGAACGUUCUGUAGAGGAUGUUUUCAUAAGGAAAUUCAUGUUCGGGACUUUCCACAACUGCCUGGCAAAUGAGGUUGUGAUCAAAAGACGCGGCAACUUGCUCAUCGUGUGCGCUUUAAUGUUACAGAAGCUCCCACCGCAUAAGUUUUACUUCCUGAUUGGCUACACGGAGUCACUGCUGUCGCACUUUUACAAAUGUCCCGUCAAACUAGAGAUUCAGACCCUGCAGGAGAAAGCUGUGUACAAGUACCUCUGAUGGAUGAUUUGGAUCCCUUCUCCAUUCCUGUUCAAUGAGUGAUGCCACCUGUUUCCAGUUUCCCUAACAGGUUUUUUUUUUCAAUUAAACUUUCAAAAUCAAA